AUGGAUGUGACAGAUGACAUCCUGACGACGGAAGCGGAGAGGCUUGCAAGACAGCUGGGGAUUUCUAGCGAGGAUUUCUCAGCGAGCCAUGGCUUCAUAAGUCGCUUCAAGGCACGGCACCAAGUCUCGCUGAGGACGAAAGCUGGAGAGGGGAGAGAAGCUGCAGCUGAUCACAACAUCGAUCAAUGGCUCCACGAUGUUCUCCCAACAUUAAUUGAAGGGUAUGAACCCAAGAAUAUUUUCAAUGCGGACGAAACGGCAUUGUUUUACCGGCUCCUUCCUCAUCACACUCUUGCAUUCCGCGGAGAGAAGUGCCAGGGCGGGAAGAAAAAGAAGGAGAGGCUGAGUGUAUUGUUAGCCGCCAAUAUGGAUGGUUCGGAGAAGCUGGUGCCACUGGUUAUUGGGCAUUACAAGAACCCAAGGUGCUUCAAGAAUGCCAGAUCCUUGCCAGUGACGUACAAGCACCCGAAGAACGCAUGGAUGACAGGGGCAUUGUUCAAAGAGUGGCUGAUGAAUUUCAACCAGGAAAUGGCCAAGAUGAAACGGAAAGUGCUCCUUUUCUUGGACAACUGCUCGGCCCACUCAGCUGCAACCCUGACUGCGAAUUUCUCGCAUUUAACAAUCCAUUAA